AUGGGUAACGAGCAGAGCGGGCCGACCUCGUCUGCUACCCAUCAUAUUCUAAACGGCUUACCAACAAAUAACGAUCUCAGGAACAGACAGCAAAACGGGAACUUUACCACAUAUCGCAAUAAGUAAGUCCGGGGCGAUUUUGUGAGAAAUCUGAAGGGGGUAGAUGGGAGAUUUUAUGGCAAAACUAUUUUUUAACGUGCCUAGUUUAUUUUGUGUUUGAUUUUUUUGUUUCGGUAAGGCAUUCAAAAGUUAUGACACAUUUUUAAAUGUUCUAUAGUGCAAUAUUUUAGUGAUAACGAAUUCCUCACCGAUGAUGAAGAUAGCCUCGGAGAAGAUUAUAAACGGGUUCAGAAUCUCAUAAAGACCGUGGAGCAGCAGGCUGAGCCGAUGGAAGUCAAGGAAGAAGGUGAAAUUACAGAUGAUUCUGAUGUCGAUUCCAUCAUGACAGACGACGGCCUAGAUGGAUUGUACGCCGAAAUGGAGGGAGUCAAGGUAAAUUUUGCAUUUUUUGCGGCAUCAGCAUCGACAUGAAACUGUUUUGAUUUCGUUUUCUUCUCGAAUUUCGAAAAUUAUCGAUUUUAUGCAAAUUUGAUCGACUUUUGUUUUGACGGAAACAUUCGUUUUUACUUAUUUUGUUUCUCAUCUUCGUUGUCAGACGUUGUUCGAGCGAUAGCUGUUGUUGCAAAUAACGAAAACGGAUAAUCCAAAGUGGGUAAAUGAAUCAUCUUUUAUAUUUCGUUAAAAAAAUUUAUGAUGAAAGUUUGAGCCUUUUCUAAAUUUUUGAUCGCGAAAUUUGAUGGUAGACAACGUACACAGCGUAUAGAAGAUUUUAGAAUGCCUCAGGAUCGUAUUUUAUUUUCAGAAAUUAAAACUUGACUCUAAUCCGUAUGAGAGUGAAUCCGAGGGUUUUCGCUGGGAUCGAGUACAAGUAAAACAAGAAAUGAUGGAUGACCACGAGAACUUUGAUGAACUCCUGGAUCUCAUGCAGUCCACCAACUUGGAUCAACAGGAGAAAAAAUCCAAUUGGUGGGAUGAUGACUAUGAAGUACAGAAGCAGAAAAAUGGGUAAGUCUGAUUGUCUUUAGAGGGACUGGAGGGUAUGGAAAUGAAAUAUGGCAAGGAGAAUGACAGAAAAAGAAAGUUUUAUACUGAGUUAGAUCUCGAAUGCUAGUUGGGAAUAAUCGGAUGCUGUGGGGAACUUUAGGUCUCUGCGCGGUCUCCUGGUUAGUCCAGUGUCAAAUUGGAACGAUUGCUGUGAUAAAAUUUGCAAAGUAGUUGCGCAGUCUGCGUCCUCAGACGCAGGUCGCGAAAAUAAAAUUUUCCGAAAGAAUAAAUAGCUUGGCGAAACAGCUAUUUAUUUUUUAGGGGUAAAGUGGACUUGGAAUAAGAAUUGAUUCGAUUUGUUUAAAUAGUAUAUUUUUUGUUAGGCUAUAUGGUCGUCUUUGCGUGUCGUGGAUUCUCAACGGGAUUUUAAAGCUUACGAUUCAAGGUCCCAGAAAGUAGGUAGCAGUAAAUAUGGGCAAUUGUACUAGCGCUUGCUGCUCGGAGGGCUCAGUGUAUGAGGAACCAGCUCAGCGAAGAUUGGAACGUGAAUCUAGAGAUUAUGAAGCAUUUUUGGUAGAAAUUGGACAUUGGCAGAGAAGCGAAAUCAGGUCCAGAUGGCCGGCUUCGAGGCAGAGUGGAGCUUCAGAAGCGAGAAGCGAACUUUUUGUGCAAGAUAGACGCGUAAACGAUGUGAGUCGACUGGAUGAGGAUUUCAAACGAGCCACGAUUAAUAUAAAGGAACAGAAAUGGUAAAUGCAAGGGACUGGGUGGGAUGAAACAGUUCCAAAAUGAGGGCUUUGAUCAGAUUAAUGGUUGGAAAUGGGGAGCAGAUGUUCUAAACUAGGUUUUGAAGCAUUUGAUUGCUUAUUAUAGGCAAAUUUGGCAAGUUAGAGAUUAAUCAUCUUGUAAAUUUCUUCGCUUCCCGCCUUCUCACUUUGUCCCCGCUUUCUGUUUGAAUCAAUUGUGUAGAGAGAAGAAGGUGUGUGGAAUAAACACGAGAAUGGAUGGAAUAAAAUGCAGAUCGAUCCGAAAACGUUGUUCCAUUUUUCUGGUAAUGUCCGAGGUGCAGAUAUUGGGCCCUUUUCUUUUAAUUUACCUUUAAAAGAUAAGGAUUUGGAUCACAUUUGUCAUGGAUAAUAGCUUCGCGGUAGGGUAAUAUCCCCGCUAGGAAAACCGGCAUUGUUUUUCGAAAACAUUUGCCGGUAGCUUUUGAUUUCGAGGAAAGGAUCAGUGUUAUCUGUCACAAAAAAAUAUUUAUUAUUUUUAUGCGUGCCAGGAUCUGUGUGUAGAAUUUUGUUGACUGAAUCUGUAUAUUUGAGAUGACUAUUGUGAGACGUGGGAGACAUUUUCAACAAAUUCCUGCUGCUCCGCCUCCGGUCUGGGGGGUUAUAUUUUGCAUACUAUUCUUUGUAUCCGAGUUCGUUGGAAAGCUCUUUAAGCCGAUUGUGGCAUUGAAAAAACAAUGGUAAGACUUUAUACAAAUGCCAAAAUUUUGUAAAAAAUUUGAUGAAAUGCUGUCAUUCUUCUAGGAAUGAUUCCUGUGUUUAUUAUAUGGGUUUGAAAGGCUUAACGCUUUGAUUAGGGUUAUAAUUUGGAUUUGUGGCUCUUGUUACCACAGUAAAGUACAAUUUCGCAUUUCAGGUCAUUCGUGCAAGUGGAUACACGGUUUCCGAGUGAAUAUGCAUAUCUAACGAGUUUGAGAAGGAUUGAUGAAGAAGCCGUCAAAAGGAGCAGAGUAAGCAUUGUUUCUAAUAUCAUACUUGAUCAAUCUAAUGUAAUUUCGAAAAUUCUUCGAAAUUUAUUUUUGCUUUGACGGAAAGUUGGGUGAAACGAAAGUAGAAUUACGUAAUAUUGAUUUCAGGUCUUGUACGACUAUUUAAUGCGAGAACAGACCUCUAUGGAAGACCUUAUCCAGAAGCAAAUUGGAAUCAUCUGCUUGUAUUGGGCCCAAGGAAUCAUCGAAAGUCGGCAACCAGUCUUUCUCGGAGCCAUUCUUAGCUACAAGGAACACAAAGUCGUCAAAUAUAUGGAAGGGAAGCAAGAAAAGAGGGGUGUGAUUACAUACUUCGCCUUGGCCUUACCUAAAGAAAAGAAGAGCGCCGACUUCAGACCACCACAAGCAAGAGUGAACCAGCUCAGUAUCAUCAGAGAAGGGAUUUUGCUGUUCCGGGUUAGUCUUGUGAAGAACUUUUUUGUUGAGGUUUAGUUUUGGAAUAGUCGGAUUUUGGAUGAGUGGAAUAAGGCUUUGGUUUUUAGGGAUAUGUAGUCCGAAAAACGGAUCAAGAAAUCAUCAUAAAGACGGACAAGAUGUCUGAGGAGCUGACCAAUCAGUUGACCACGGUUACUUCCAUGGAAGUCGACAUCUUCGAAGAGCCAAAUGAAUUCGUCCCACAAGCAAUGUUGUGUGCCGUCCAAGGUGUUAAAAUGGGCCUCAUUGACUCCGUUUUGAUGCCCCAUCCAGGAGAACGCGUAAGUAAAAGACAAAUGUUGUUAUAGAGUUUUUUGAACCUAAUGUGGAUGUUUUAGGGGCUUCAAGAAUACGCUGACGCUUUGCCAAGUGCUAUUGCCAAGUACAACAACGAAAAACAUCUUUCUUUCCUGAAUGAUGAACAAAAAGCUGUUGUUUAUGCGGUUGAAAAGCGAGCCAAUGAAGGAUUCCCCUUUAUUUUGUAUGGCCCGCCUGGAACGGGUAAGGAUUUUGGGAGAUUUAGCAGGUUUAUGUUGUUUUGGACACCUCAUGGUGAUUAAAAAAAUUUUUUUUUUUUUUAUUUUUUGGGAUUUUUGAAUUUAAUCUUGAACAGUAGUGAAUUGGGCAUAUUUUCAGGUAAAACGGAAACUAUUUCGGCAUUAGUUAUGACGUUGCUGAAGAAGAAUCCGGACACCAAAAUCUUGAUCUGCACCCCGUCGAACAUGGCCGCAAACCGAGUCGCGGAAAAGCUGAUGGAACACUUUGGAAGGACGUAUAAUGACGUCUUGUACCCACAAAAUUUGCUGAGAAUGUUCUCCUGUGCGACGGACUAUGAAAAACGUGAUAAAAAAUUUGAUAAAAUCACCUCGGUGUAAGUGUAAUAUAAAAACCAUAACUGUGUUGGUUUUUAUUGUGUAUAAAUUUUUUGUUUUAGCCACCCUGCCCUCCGGAAGUUUACCAUUCCGUCGAGGUUGGAGAUGAUGCAGAAGCGAGUGAUUGUGUCCACAUUGGCUUGCUCUACCCACCUGAUCAACAACUUAAUUCCUCGAGGACAUUUUGAGUAGGUUUCAAUUAUGCUUUGAGAUAUUUGAAUUGGAAAUGGGUUUAUGAAAUUCUGAUGGACUUGAUCUUUCAGUUACAUCCUCAUCGAUGAAGCAGGUCAGGCAUCGGAAGCCGAAGUUUGGAUCCCAUUGGGAGGCCUGGCCGAUAAGCGAACUUCUGUUGUCCUAUGUGGAGAUCCGAAGCAACUGGGACCGGUAAUAACUCUAAACCUCCCCAAGUACAUGACCGACAAGUUUAUUUCGCCGUUGUACAGAUUCAUGCAGAACAAACAGUAUCUGAGGGAUAAGUAAGUAUUACAAUAUAAGUUUUAAUUUGAAAUUUGGAGGGUUGUUAAAUCUCGCAUAGGGAACGAGAUUAGGGAGAGAGUUUUUUUGGAGUAUUUUUGGUUUUUAUAACAAAUCGUUUUCACUUGUAAAAUUGAAGUUUUAAGGAAACAAUUGACGACGUUUAAGGACUGUUUGUUUGUUUAUCAUUAUACUGAUCUGAGUCAAUUUCAGGCGAAUUUGCGUCCAACUUCGAGAAUGUUUCCGUUGCCACGACGCCAUUGUACACAUCACAUCCAAACUUUUCUACCAAAAUACCCUCAGACCGGGUGGAGAUGCGAAGUUCAAGGCCGAAUUGGAACAUUGGGGAUUCUUGUCGAAACCGGUAUGUUUUUUGGAGAUAAAUGCGACAGAGGAUUGACUACCAUUAUUUUUGGAGUUAUACAGAGCAUUUUUUAAAUAAGGUUUUUUGAGUCUAAAAUAAGAUAAUAAAAUAUUGAUGGAUUUGUUUCAGGGAUUCCCGGUAAUGUUCAUCGAUGUGAAAUCAGGCCAAGAGGAGCGUGAGCCAAGUGGAAAUUCGUAUGGAAAUGCCUCGGAAAGGGCCUAUAUUACAGAAGGAGUGAUCGCUCUGAUGAGGGAUCUAGACGUGGCGGCGACGGACAUCGGUAUCAUCUCCCCAUACCGCUACCAGUCCAGAAUGAUCAUGGAGGAAUUGAAGAAGGACGAGAGAUUGGCCAAACACAUUGAUGAACUCACCGUUGACUCGGUGGAAAGAUUCCAAGGAUCGGAAAGGAAGGUCAUCUUCAUGACCUGCACAAGAACCAGACAACUCGGCUUUGUCGCGUGCGCUCUACGGCUGAACACUUCGAUCACGAGAGCCCAGCAACUCCUGGUUGUGGUCGGAAAUGCAGCAGCCCUCAGACAACAUGAUUCAUGGAGGAAUUUUAUCGAUUAUUGCAGGCAAAACAGCUCGUAUAAGUCCGCCGAUUAG